AUGAAGCAGCUGUCAGAAGGACUGGCAAAGAUCGACCGAAGCCAGCUCCCUGGGAAGUUCAAAGUCUGGUGCUACCAGUUCACACUCUACAGGAGGGUGAUGUGGCCGCUGAAAAUGAGUGAGAUCCCCUCAUCCACUGCAAGUAAGAUGGAUGGAAAAGCCAACUCAUUCAUCCGAAAGUGGUUGGGGCUGCCACGGUGCCUCUCUGAAACUGGCCUCUUUGGAAGGAACACACUACAGCUGCCGUUGCAAUCAAUCAGUUUGGGAUACAUGCAGGAAAAGACCAGGCUUGUCCUCGAACUGAGAGAGUCCACCGACCAGACUGUACGGAACGCAAACGCCAAGGUUCCCACAGGCCGGAAGUGGAACGCCAAAACUGAAGUCGACCGAGCCAUUGGUCGACUGCAACAUCAAGAGAUUGUUGGCAGAGUCCAGGCAGGAAGAGCAGGACUAGGGUGGGGGGAAGCGCCACGGUUCUGGUCCAAGGCCAGCCGCAAAGAGAGGAAGGAGUUGGUGGUGGCGGAGGUGACAAGGACGGAGGAAGAGCGCUACAAGAUCAAGGCCGUGUCGCAGGGCCGACAGGGUAGCUGGACAACCUGGGAAGGAGUAGCCAACAGAAACAUCAGGUGGGCAGACCUAUGGAAGAUCCCACAGGCAAGACUCAGCUUCCUUGUCCGCUCAACCUACGACACGCUUCCCUGUCCGCGGAACCUCCACCAGUGGUUCGGGAGUGAGGAGAGCUGCCCACUCUGCAGUGAGCCUAACGCAAGCCUUCAGCACAUCUUGUCAGGCUGCAAGAUCGCACUCUCCCAAGGACGCUACAGGUGGCGCCACGACCAGGUCCUGAGGAAGCUGGCUGAGGUGCUAGAGGGGCAGCGACAGGGCAACAAAGGGUCACCACCAGUAGGGAACCACAUCAGCUUUGUCACGGAGGGUGGGGGAAGAAGAAACACCAGGCCAAGAGAAACAUCCAGGCCGUUUGCCCCCGACCAGGAGUGGGACAUGAGGGUCGACCUAGACAGACAGCUCCGCUUUCCCACUGAGAUCACCACCACACCUCUCCGGCCUGACAUAGUGGUGUGGUCCACCAAGGCGAAAUCCGUACACCUCAUCGAACUCACGGUGCCAAUGGAGGAGGGGAUUGAGGCCGCCUUCGAACGGAAGAAGGCCAAGUACUCCGACCUUGCCGCUGAGUGCCGGGAGGCUGGCUGGAGGACCACCAUCUACCCAGUGGAGGUCGGAUGCCGAGGCUUUGUGGGGAUGUCAACCAUACGCUCCUUGAAGGAUGCAGGAGUGACCGGAGGAAACCUCAAGAAAGCAACCAAAGAGCUUGCAGAGGAGGCUGAGAAGGGGAGCUUUUGGCUUUGGCUGAGGAGGAAGGACAAGUGCUGGGGAAAGAACACCUAA